GUCCCAAAAUGAUCAAAAUCGUUCCGUGCCAUCUCUGCUGCGAUCCACGUUUUGCUCACAGCAAUGUGAAAUUCGUAACCGGUAUAUCCACAAAACGAAACAAGUUCAAUACGGACGAAAACAUUGGAAACCGGCUGAGCUUCUGCCUUGUGAGAAACACCAGCCGGGACUUGAACAAAAAAACUUUUCGGAGAAGCUUUUAAAUUGUACGACCGCUUGUUCCAACUGCAAUGAUGCUGGGUGAUUCAGCAAUGUACUUACUAUCAUUUUUACUUCUCUUGACGUUUGUGGACGUCAGUCAGUGUGGAAAAAAUGAAAAAUAUUGUGGAGUGUGUCGAGCCUUGAUCAGUGAGGCGAACUGGGCCGUCAGUCAAGUGGAUCCCAAGAAAAGUAUCCAAGUUGGAAGUUUCAGGGUAGAUCCAAAAGGAGACCUAACCGUAAAAGAGAAGAAGUAUGCAAGAUCGGAUUCACAUUUAGAAGAAAUUUUCGAAGACAUAUGUGAAAAACUGAGACAAUACGGUGAACUCACAAACGAGGAUGGGUCAAAGAGCAUCGUACGAACCUCUGGAUUUUGGGGUCAGAGACUUGAGACUACGGGCUUGAAUCUUGACCGAGAGGCUGGCAAAAUGCUCAAGUACAAGUGUGACGACUUCCUGGAGAAUCAUGAAGAAGAAAUGAUCUCCCUUUUGCAACGAGAAAACAUUCCCGAUUACGAGAAAAUUAUUUGUGGAGAAGAAACAAAAGUUUGCUCAAUGGAAGAUCUGGCAAGUCCGAUGAUAACUUUACCCGAAGCUGUUGAUGAGGUUAACUCAGACAAUGAUGGCGAGGCGGAAGAAGAGGAGGAGGAGGAAGAAGAGGAUGAUGAUGAGGAAGCGGAGAAGGAUGAAUUGUGAUGAAAGAUUGUUUUCUUAGCUUUUUGUAUUAUAUUGUAAUUUUUUAAAAAUAUAUAUAUAUCUUGAUAUAAUUUUUUUAAUCACAAAAUAGAAUCCAAUGGCGACCAAAAAAUUACCACAGUGUCCAUCAUAUGAGUGAGGAAUGCCCUCAUUACAGUCUUUGUAAGGUUGGAAAGUCGCAUAGUGUAAACAGUGUGAAUUCAUAAAUUUUUUUGAAAACAAAACAACAAAAACAGACUUCUUUUUGGGAAGCUCUAUAACUUUGAUUUAUUCAGUUCAUAUCAACAUGAUACAGAAACCACUCUCCGUUGCUACAAUAAGUUUUUAAAAAAAUAUAAAAUUGGAUGCUGUAUUGAGCAUAACAAAUUGUUGACCUGUUUGGAUGAGCACAUCUUAUUGACUACUCUGAACGUUUGUACUUUUUUUUUCUUUUUUUUAAUUAAAAUUUUUUUUAAAUAUAAAAAAUAAUGAUUACCGUUGACGGUGGGUAGUUUUACAUGGGUGAGAUGGAUGAUUUUUGCUUGUCUGAACUAUCAGGGA